UAUGUCCGCUUCCUUAUCGACGACGAAAUGUUGUUCUUUCGGUUCUCGUAGACACAUUCGGGGCGUGUGUGACCCGUGAAUCGCUUCCGUGUUUCGUCUCGGCGGUCAUGUUAAACUGCUCGUUGUAGUGUCGAAGGUUCGCGUUGAGUUUCGAGCAAGGAUGCCGAUCUACGAGGGAAUAGGCAGCAUGGUGGCCGAGAAAAACUCGGUCGUGUUCGACUUCGGACGCGCCUACACCAAGUGUGGUUUUGCGCGUGAGCCGAGUCCCAGAUGGAUCAUACCGAGCACCGUUCCGAUGGGUCCGAACAACCAGAUGCAGCCCAUCUGGAACUACUGGGCUCAGGAUGACCUCAUCACCAUGCUCAAGGAGUUCCUGUACACCUUGUAUUUCAGGCAUCUUUCGGUGAACCCCAAAGACCGGCGAGUGGUGGUCGUCGAGUCCGUGCUGUGUCCAACACUGUUUCGCAACACGGUUGCACAGGUGCUCUUCGAGCACUUUGAGGUUCCUGCCAUUGUGUUUGUUCCGUCGCAUCUGAUGGCCUUGUACACCCUUGGGAUCAACUCUGCACUUGUUCUCGACUGUGGAUACUACGAGUCUAUCUCACUGCCUGUCUAUGAAGGAGUCUGUAUUCUCAGUGCCUGGCAGGCAAUUCCACUCGGAGGACUGGCCAUUCAUAGGCGUAUAGAGUCGGAGCUCAUGGAACUGGCAACGGUACGAGGCUCGUCCGACGGCGAGUUCUCACUUGCGGAGGCACUUACUGAUCCCAUCAGGGAAUCUGUUUUAGAAGACAUCAAAGUCCGUACUUGUUUUGUGACCACCCACGAGAGGGCGCUUCAGCUGCAGGUUUGGGGAUUUGCAAGGAGCAACAAUGCCGAGGUCAUUCCGGAUCCUCCUCCACCACCGCCAGACGCCAAGUAUCCAUUGGACGGCGACAAGAUCAUCACCAUUCCAGGGACCUUAAGAGAGUACGCAGCUGAGGCUCUGUUCGAAUUGGACGGCGACAUGAAGUCCAUAGCAACGCUGCUUCUGGAUUCCAUCAUUAAGGCCCCGUUGGAUUCUCGGAAGACCCUGGCCCAAAACAUCGUGGUCAUGGGCGGGAGCUCUAUGAUGCCCGGCUUCAAGCACCGCCUUGCCGCUGAGCUGAAGAGCCUGGUCCAGGACCCAGCAUACUCACGCAAGAUUAACAUGAACACAUUCAAGUUCCACACCCCGCCCAGCAAGGAGAACUACACCGCGUGGCUCGGAGCGUCGAUCUACGGUUCUACAGAUGCAGUGAACACGCACUGCAUCACGAAGGACCAGUUCAUCACCAACAACCGGCACAUUCCAGACUGGUCGGACCAGGCAUGGCUAGCUCUGUCAAGCAGCAAGUCAGUUUAAAAAAGAAAGGACUGCCCGUCCUCGUUGAGGACCAAAGACGGUGUUCGUUCCAUCUUCUGUGUCGUGCCGCCACUGCCGUCAGCCUCGAAACGCGACUCGUUUUUUCCUCAUAAACCACGUUGUACACAAGUGCCGAAGAGACAUGGUCAGCUCAGAAACAUUGAUGUUCCGCAGUGAUCGACAAGUGCGGAGCUAUGCCCACAGCAAAGGUGACUUUUGUUUUGCCGACGUUCGUUCGACUGCAAGCUUGGUGUACGAACUAUGUUCGUGCUGUUCGUUUUUAUGUUGACGAAUGAAUCUGUUGCUCACCUGCAUUUUCAUUGUAAUGAUAUCUGCCGGUUUUGUCUGAAGUGCUUUUGCCUGUUUUACUCAUGAUGUGUAUUGGCAUCGUGCUCGUAUGCCUCGUAGUCAUGUCUUGGCUCUGGCAUGUGAAACCCCAGAAUUUUUUUACAGCGAAAGCUGUUAUGAGAUCACAACGGCCGAUCUUGGUGGCGUAGUUGUCCGUCACUUCCGCCGGUGUCCGUAACCGCUAUCGCGCUCAAUGAGAAAAAAAUGUCCGGGAUCGAGUGGGAUUCGAACCCAGGCCCUCAGCGUGGUAGUCGAGUAUUCCACCGCAGAGCCACGCCGGUGUUCGGAACUCCGUUGCAAACAAGCUGUAUACAGGCUUCAUGGUCGGGCUAGGAAUCACGUCAACAGAUGUAAUAUAGUGUGGUGGAAAUGUGAAAUAACAACUAGGCAUCGCACAAUGCGAAUUGUGUAACGAGUGUGUGAUUUAAAGCACCCCACCCAUUACAAAUGGCUCAGCCAUAAUUCUUCGUCUCUAGCCACAGCAUCAAGAAAGUGCACAUAAUGCCUUACAGAUGUGUAGUGGGUACCUCGCUUCUCCAAAGAAUGAUGAAUAAUGGCACAGUGGGUAUGACCCUACUUCCCAAAAUUAUGAUUAUUUAUAGCAGUGUUGUAGGCGUUACAGAAAAAAAGUAACUAAAUACGUUACUCGUUACGCUAACAAAAAAGGAACGCGUUACCACCCUACGUUACCUCUUAAAAAAGGUAACGCGUUACCGUUACAGUUACCGAAAAAAGUAACGGGCGUUACUUCUGCCGUUACUCAUUAGUCAGAAUUUUUAAUAACCGCAUUUUCGCAGCAGGAAUCCCAAAUAACAGUCUUAUAAAGCUACAAUUUUUCUGAAUAAUGUACUGAUUUAAUGAGAAUAAGUUUUCCAAAUGUGUGUACCUUGGCAAGAGUAUAGUGACCUAAAGUCGUCUCUACAGUUACAUCUGGUGGCUCAAGCUCUGCAGCACAUGGUAAAGCCAUUUUUCUCAGUGUGACAUUAAACACAAGAUGAGAUUUGAAAGAAAACACAAAAUGAAGAAAACAACACAAAAAGAACAAAAUGAAAUGAAAGAAAACAACCCAACUGUCAGCAAAUUUACACUAAUUCUGACGGUGUGCUUCUGCUAACAAGACAGAUGCUCAAAUAGUCAUAAAGAAAUUCUUAAACGGCUUAGUUCAGGGGAAGAAAUGAUUACACAAAUAUACAAUUUUCCCCCUUUAACCUGUAUAAUUGCCGCAAAAAUUGCAAGCGUUUAUGUGAAGGUGUUGAAGGUCAGCCUCGUUUGUGGAAAAUUCUAAUGACUCUAGAAACGUGUACCCGCACUUGCCGAUAGAAAAGAUUGCCUCGCUUCCUAGUGAAUACGUCCGCACCUACGCUAAAGAGGCGCUCCACGGACGCUAAAGGCCCGAACACACGUACGCGUUGGUACACGUACGCGCAGCUGCGCGCCCUCCCUCUCCACAGGGAGAGGGCGCGACGCCGCGUCAAAAAGUCACGCGUUGACGCGCUGCAACGCGUACGUGUGUUCGGGCCUUAACACCUGGCGGGCCGAGAGCAGUCCGCCGCUGCGACAAACGAAAGUCGGGCCAGCUCUGCAAUAGUGGCGCCCAGGUGUCUUGUGUAAAACUCCUGGGAUAAUUCGGAAAAAAAUGUAACGAGUAACGCGACACCUCACGUUACCGAAAAAUGUUAACGUAAGUACGUUACCCGUUACAGUUCCGAAAUGGUAACGAGUACGUUACUAAGUUACCGAAAAAGGUAACGCGUUACAGGUAACGCCGUUACUUGUAACGCGUUACCGCCAACACUGAUUUAUAGCAUACUGGGUACCUUGCCACUGUAGUUGUAGUAGUCGCCCCAGAAGAGUUUACAACGGGCUCUAGAAAGGCUGCUCCUCAUGCUUUUGCUGUGACCGUGCUGCGUGUGCCGCGCAGGCUUGGCGUUUUUUUACUCAUUGCUGGUUGAACGCUGAAGACACUCUACCCUCUCGCUUGAGGAAAGACCUUUGUUCGCUUCAUCGCUAAUUAAUGUGAAUGGUGAAGUUAGUUAAAUCUGGUUAAAGGGACACUAAAGAGCAAGACGAUUUUUCUCGCAUUAGUAAAGUAGUCUUCCACGAUACCAAAAACACCACGCUUUCUGCGCGAAGACGCUUAAUAAGCGAGAAAACGCGAAAAAAGGAUGUACAGGUGGCGACGCCACCUUGGAAUUCCCGCACCAUUUGCCGUGACGUCAGAUGUUUUUGACGGCGCCUGCUUGGGCCUACGUGUUUCCUAACCGGUUAAAUCGAAGUACAUUGUCCUCUGAGGGGGCCAGAGACUUGACAUUACGAGUUUGUGGAAAUUUCGUCGAGCCAGUGGCGCCAAAAUACGUUAGGUACUCUUUGAAGUCUUUUACGUCACGAAUUACAAAGUUCGGCGCGAAAUUUAAAAAUGAAGCUUUGAAGUUGGUUUUCUCCUCUAAUAAUAAACCCACGGUGGUGAAAUAAACUACACAAUAGUUCUCCGAGCACACUUUAUCAAUCUAAACCAAUCCAUUGUUUCUCUUUAGUGUCCCUUUAAGAAGGCCUUGAAAUGAUAUUGCCUUUCUAAGGUACUUGUGUGCCUUUGUCACUUUUCAUCAGGCUUCUCCGGCAACCAGGAUGAUGUGGUGUCGCAAAUCAAUGGCUAUGCCUCAGCAAUCACGAAUUGCCUAGCUUUCACGCAAUUUCAACCCAUUUAUUGCUAGAGCUACAAUACUUUUGGAAAUGUAUUGUGUGAGGGACACUUUUUCAAGAUGACUUAGGGUGCACAGUUCUAUAUGCAACAUGAAAAUGGCACUCCUGUUUGACGACAGGUGGUGCAGGGAUCUUAUUUUAUUAUGAGGUGCCGAAGAGUUUGCUGCUAAUAAAGCAAUUUAUGAAAGAAAAAA